AUGAACAAUGUCACAGGAAUCGGUGAUAUAAUUGAAAACAGGGAUGAAGAUGAGUCUCCAUUGCCACCUGAUGCAAAUUUUACGGAAGAAGAGCUAUCAAUACUUGAUGAUAUUGAUUUGAAUGAUAGCAAGGAUGUAUUGCAGAAUGUCCCUUCUAAUGCUUCCAUAUUAUUCCCAGAUGAUAUUCCUUGCUCCUCGCCUUGGGUAUCGAAUGUUGAUAACAGAAUUCAAAAAGGAGACCGAUCGCCAUCAGUCAUAGAAAACACUCCAGAUCAUUCGCCCUUCCAGAAUAGAAUUAUAGAAAAUUAUUGUGAUAUUACUCCAGUACCAUCGCCAUAUAAUUCUUUUGCUCCAUCACCUGUUAAUUUCCAGUUAAUUGAUAGUCCUGCGGUUGCCUCCCCUGCAUCUGACAUUAAUGAUAUCACAUACUCACCGUCCAAUAUCGCCAAAAGUCGUAAGCGCAUUUCCCAAGCUAAAAAAGAUAAAGGAAGGCUACGAGAACGUUUUCAUAAAAAAUGGAAGGAUCAGGAGAGGAAAUAUAACGUUAAUAGAGGAUUGGAAUAUGUUAGUAGAAACGGAAGAGUACAUGAUAAGAAAAUUAUGAAAUCUUCUUGCCCCGCAACUUGUCGCAAGAAAUGCAGUGAGAAAUUAACAGAAAAUAUUCGGCAAAGAAUUUUUGAUAUGUUUUGGAGUAUUGGAGACCACUCAAGACAGUGGGAUUUUUUGGCAAGUCUGGGAUCUCGCCAAGGUUAUUGUUUUUCAUGGCAUCAACAAACAGCUAAGAGAGGUGCAAAUGAAAUUUCCAGCUGUGUUUUUAAAUUUAUAGAAGAUACGGUGGGUGAAGGUGUCAAAGACUACCGGUUUUGGUCAGACAACUGUGGAGGACAAAAUAGAAAUAGGAUUGUUUUCUUGAUGUAUAUGAUAGCUAGUUCGAAAUUUAGCAUAGAUAUUAGCCAUCGCUUUCUAAUAGUGGGUCACACUCAAAAUGAAGGCGACAGUAUGCACGCUUUAAUUGAGAGACAGACAAAAGAUAAAAUGCUUUAUACGCCUGAUCAAUGGUAUACCGCUUUUAGAUUUGCCAAAUCCGAUGAAAAGCCAUACAAAGUUAUCGAAGUGUCUCAGGAUUUAAUAAAGGACUUCAAAUCAAAGUUGAGACUUAUAAACAACUGGACAACUACUAAUGAUGGAUCUAAAAUGCCUUGGAACAGAGUCACGGAAGUAGUAGUUAAAGCAGAAAAUCCAUUUAGGGUAUUUUAUAAAACGACUUACCAAGAUGAUGCCUACAAGUGGAUAGAUUGUGUAAAGCAACCUAAAGCUACACGAAAUCGAAGAGAGUCAAAUAUUAAUAUAGAUAAUAUUUCUUUAGCUUAUCAGACACCCAUUCCUAUUGACAAAAAUAAGUACAAAGACUUGAUGGAUCUUUGUAAGAAGCUGGUGAUUCCUAAGGAGUAUCAUUUGUUUUUUAAUAAUUUGAUUCCAAAUAACUCUAAUAGAGCAGAUGAAAGUGAUUCAGAUUGA